AAUGUCAUUGUGUCAUGGAGUAUUUAUGAGCUGUGAGCUGUUUAUUAGAAUUAAUCAAGGCUUACUGUGAUAUUUAUAUCUAAAAACACUAAUGGGAUGAUUGUUAACACUAUUAACGGUCCUACAAGAAGGUGGCAUUGAGUUCUUUAAAGUAAGAGGAAAUUAUGCCUCCUAUUUAUAAACAUUGAACAUCCAAACAACUUCUUUGUGCAACGUUUGCUGUUAAUUAAUGUAUUUGAAAAAUGUGUGGUUAAUACUGUACUGAGAUACGUGUAUUUUAAUUGUAUUUUGCUCUCAGUAACUUUGUUCCACACAAAUGAAAUGCAAUAUACGCGAACUCGCUCUCUUGAGCGACAAACCUUGUGUGAUGGAAGGAAGACUCAAUUACAAAAAAAUUACAAACGGAGGAUACAGGAAUCAAGCAGCAGUCUUCAAAGAGAGGUGGUUUAGACUCAUAAACAAUUAUUUAUUUUACUUCAAAAUAAGUGAAAUGGGUAAAUUUGAUACUAAGGUGCCAGCUGGUGUUUUCGUUAUGGAAAAUUCAUCAAUACAAAUGGAACAUGGACAGAACAUAUCAUUUUCAUUUUCUAUAUCCUUUAUAGAUGAACCAGAAAAGCGGCAUUUAUUUGCAGCUCGAUCUGAAGAUAAUGUAGUCCAAUGGGUAAUGAAACUGCGCGAAUGUUCGUAUGAAUAUCUUCGUAACCGUUUGCACACACUACAGUCAAAAAUCUAUUCUAUUACGGGAAAGGAUCCCCUGUUACUUGUACCAAGAAAUGAUGGCGCCUGUCUGUGGGCUCCCUCAGUGCCUUUCUCCACUGCUCCAGCUUGUACAAACAAUACAAGUUCUUUUAGUUGCCACCUCCAUACUAAUGGUGCUUUUACACUUGAAAGAAGUAAGUCUGAUGUGGAGGCAUACAAACACAUACAAGCGGAAUAUACUAAGAGAACAAUUUUCUAUACUAAUGAUAAUAAAGAUGAAAGUAAUAAAAAAGAGAACAAUGAAAGUCAAGGUUUUGCUUUAGAAAAAAGUAAAACUUCCGCUUUGUUUGCUUCAAGCAAUCCUAUCGAUCUUUCAAUAUUUGACAACCGACCUGCUUACUCGAGGGCGGCGCCUAGUCCGCCCCUUAGAACGAAACUAUCUCCGUCAACGCGGCGCGCUGAACUCAAUCAAGAAGUGCGGGUAUUUAGAGAAAAAGGUAUGUAUUUGGGAGUUACUGGCAUUUUAGAUGAGGUCCCCGUACCACCAAGAAGAAAAGUUUCGCCUAAACCAGAAAAACAAAUAGACAAUCUAGUAAGUAAUACCAGUCAAGAAAAUUUAGCUGAUGAUGGGGCAGAAGAUCUUAUUCAAUUUUAAUUUUUUUAUUUUAAUUAUUUAUUAUUCCCACCUAUUAAUUUUAUAUCCUUGCCCGUAGUAUCAAACAAAACAUUGUCUAACUUUAGUUAUUUUUAUCAUGACAUCAUUGCAUUUAGUUAAGGAGAUUACGUGAUAUAAUAUUGAUGUAUAUCAUAAUUAGAUAGGUAAUAACAUAUUUACCUCCAUUUACAUCAUGUAUAGUGAAAUUCAAUAAAAAUGAGAAAUUAAAAUUACACAUUUAACUGGCUGACAAUGUCAUUUAUAGUCUUUGGAUUUGUUUUGUAUCUAUACCUACUUGUCUGAUUUUAGUUAAUCUGUGAUCACAGAUUAUAUUCAUUGUUUAAAUAGAUCUGUAAGUACACAUUUUUAUUGAAUUAGACUGUACACUAAUGACUUUCCAAUUAAAAAUAUAUUUAACCUUUCGAGCGAUCAAAUUUAAUUUUUAUAGUGUUUUGUUUCAUUUAACUCAUACUUGUUCAUACUAAUUUGUCUCUGUGAUGAAGAACAAUAAUGAACUAGUCAAUAAUUUUUGUGUACAAGUAUAUACACAUUAGUAAAUAUUAUAAUAUAUGUAAAUGUCGGUUAAAUUUCCUUGUUCCUUGAGUCAGGGCCGCGCCGCGUUUUGUGUCAGUAUCCUGUUGAAUUGAUUACAGAACAUACAAUGUAGUUAUAUUGGUUUCAAUUGUUGCGUUAUUCUGGCACAUAUUAUGUAUUGUUUUAUAAACAACGAAUAAUGUUAUAUAUUUUUCGAAUCGUAUUUCU